UAUGACAGGUUGUAAAGGUGACAGUAACUAUCUCUAUAGUGAUUGAAGAAUGAAAAUGAUGACCGUUUUGCACUUCUACGAGUGAUUUCACGUCUUGGUUAGUAACGGUUCACCGCGGGUAACUGCUACAACUGUAACCGUCUUAAACUGGUUUUGACUACAGUUGCCAAGGUCGUUAGUGGCUGUCCCAAAUAUUUUUGUAUAACUAAACCUGUAUAUAACUAGAACUGGUGUGCAGGAUAACGAAUUACCGGUAUCUGAACUGGCUCGUUUUGAGAACAAGCCUCAUGUCAUUCUCACUGGUGCCCGUAAACACUCGAUCUGACUAUAAUAUAAUGGUGCAUGAUAAGUAGACAUUUUUUUGCAUGAGUCUUGUGAAAAAAUGUAUUCAGUCAGUGGAGUGGAAAUAAUUCGACCAUGGUGGAGGUUUUUGUUGGGAAAACUCUGCUCAAUAAAGAAGGGGAUCUUAUUGAUCCAGAGGAAACUCUCAGGAAUAAAGUAGUAGGAAUAUAUUUUUCUGCCGGCAGGUGGCCGCCUUUUCGAGAUUUCACCCCUUGUCUAUGCGAUUUUUACACGGAACUUGUCGAGGAGAGCAAGCCACCUGCACAGUUCGAAAUAGUUUUCAUAUCUUCUGACAAGUCAAGUGAUGAUAUGGUGGAAUAUUACCAUGACAUGCACGGAGACUGGCUGGCCCUGCCAUGGACGGAUCAAUACAAACAUGAUCUCAAGAACAGGUACAAAAUCACAGCAGUCCCCAAGCUGGUGAUUGUGAAGGAGAAUGGAGAUGUGAUCACAGAGAAAGGCAGGAAACAGAUCCGGGACCAGGGCCUGGCCUGCUUCAGGAGCUGGCUUGAGGUGGCCGAAGUCUUCCAGAACUUUAAAGCUUCCUAGACAUUCUAAAAUACAUCAUUCUACAUUCUAGAGAACCUUCCUGCUCCUAACCCAUAGACUGUUCUUAUCUAGUUGUCUAUUCUAAACUUCUGCACUACAACGCAAUACUGUCUAUAUACUAAACUUCUACACUACAAUGCAAUACUGUCUAUAUUCUAAACUUAUACACUACAAUGUAAUACUAUCUAUAUUCUAAACUUCUGCACUACUGUUAAGUUUUUCUUCUGAUGAAGGAGAGGUGGACCAAAAUGCAGCGUGGUUAUUUCGAUUCAUCUUCAAUAAAGACAAACCAUACAAAAACAAUAAACGUGAAAACCUAAACAGCCUUAUGUGGUGCAAACAAACACUGAGACAGGAACAAUCACCCACAAAACACUCAAAGAAUAUGGCUGCCUAAAUAUGGUUCCCAAUCAGAGACAACGAUAAACACCUGCCUCUGAUUGAGAACCACUUCAGGCAACCAUAGACUUUUCUAGAUAACCCCACUAUACCACAAUCCCAAUACCUACAAAACCCCAAGACAAAACACACCACAUAAUUAACCCAUGUCACACCCUGGCCUGACCAAAAUAAUAAAGAAAACACAAAAUACUAAGACCAGGGCGUGACAACAACAAUGUAAUACUGUCUAUAUUCUAAACUUCUACACUACAAUGUAAUACUGUCUAUAUUCUAAACUUCUACACUACAACGUAAUACUGUCUAUAUUUUAAACUUCUACACUACAAUGUAAUACUGUCUAUAUUCUAAACUUCUACACUACAAUGUAAUACUGUCUAUAUUCUAAACGUCUGCACUACAAUGUAAUACUAUCUAUAUUCUAAACUUCUACACUACAAUAUAAUACUGUCUAUAUUCUAAACUUCUGCACUACAAUGUAAUAAUAUCUAUAUUCUAAACUUCUACACUACAAUAUAAUACUGUCUAUAUUCUUACCUUCUCCACUACAAUGUAAUAAUAUCUAUAUUCUAAACUUCUACACUACAAUGACAAUAUGUCUUUUUUUCGAAUGAAUAGACAUGAGUGGCUUGUAUUUUCAGAAUACAUAUUUUGAGGCGUUUGGCAAUUUUUUAUAUUUUGUUUUUAUAUGACUUAAAAUGCACAAUAAUGAUUAAAUCCUUUGCUGUCUGUUUA